CACACUCACACAUACACUGUACGGGGAACCAACUUGUCAGGAUGGACACAGCUAUGAAAGAAACAGCUGCACACACAUCUACCAACGAGAAAGAAGGAAAGGCAGAAGACCAUCAGGAAGAAGAAAAGGCAGAAGAACUACGAAGGUGGUCAACCAAAACUUUGAAACGGAAACAGAAACUUUGUGGAAUAAAGCAAUAUUUUGCCGCAAUGUUUUUGGUUGUGGGGUUUAGCACAGUAAUGUUUACAAGUGUAAUGGUGCAUGCCUUCACACUCGGAAGUUUAACAGUAAUCCCAGUGGUGCUUAAACUACUCUGUAGGGGAAAUGAAUCCAAGUGUUUGGCAGGAUUUAAAGAAAUAGUCGAUGCAUUUCAGACAGGAUGUAAUUGUGUACUCAACCUGUUUACUAGAAUUACAGGAAAAGAUGUAGCAGCAAAGGUGGACACUCAGUUUGGUUGCACCAUGAGGGGAGCAGUAGAUGGAGCUGUGGGCGGAACUCUUGGUGGUUUAGCAUACACGUUCUUGAGACUGAUACAUCCAUACUUCGGACAGGCAGUUGGCAGUGCACUAGGGGCUACUCUAGGUUGGACAAUCGGCAAAACAUUCACCGCCGACAUUCUGAAGAAACACAUGACAACAGACAAAGACAGACGUCAUGACGGAGCAGUAGCUGGUGCUUUAGGAGGGAGCAUUGGGGCGUUUUUCGGCUUCCUGAAGGGAGGUGUUGUUGGUGGUUUAGCUGGAGGCGUGAUUGGCAUGAUUACAGAUACAUACUUACAAACCAAUCAAACCAAACGACAGACACAUACUGACAAACCAAACCAAUCGUCAAUUGGUUGAAAAGUAAGCAUUAAGGAUGUUUUAUGUUCAGGAAUUAUUACAGACAGACUGUUUCUCAGUGUAGCAGAGGCAGUGGG